CAGGCUUUUGAAAUCUGUCAAAUAUACUUCAUGUUGCAUAGCUAGGAACAUUCUAUUUUAACUUUUGAUAAAUUUGGAGUCAAAUAGAGAGAUUUCCUUAAAAUAAAUAUGGACCAGGUUAACGGAGAACAGGAACAGGCAGAGGAGCCUGGACUUGAAGCUGCUAUUGGUGCCAAGGAAGAGCUGGAAACUAUGCCAAAGGAGGGCCAAGUUGCCGGUUUGGCAAUAAGAAAUGACGAGGACAUGGCAGCAUAUACUUGCAAACACUGCAAGUCCUAUGUCCGUGGCGGUGUGAUCCUUAUCUGCGGCCACUUGUUCUGCUGGACCUGCCUGUGGCCCUUCCUGGCCGAUAAGCCAUCUCCGGAGUGCCCACAGUGCCAAACUUCAUUGAUCCUGCAUGAGGACAUCAUGCCUUUUUAUGGCGAGGGACCCAAUGUCGGGCCAGAGGACAAUGACUUUCUAGCCGAACCGGGUGCAGUGCCUCGUCCCUCUGGUGUAUGCUUCACUGAACCCGGCGCCGAUGAGUCCUACGACGAGGACGAAGAAGAUGAAGAGGACGAGAACGAGGCUGCAGAGCUGGCGAUCGCCGAACAGUUCGCGGAGCCAUGGGAUAUGCCAAUACGCCGUCUCCGGGAGGCCCAGCGUUUACAUUGGGAAUUUUUUCCGCGUAUCGAAUACACAAUUAAAUGCCUCAAGUGGAUUCAGCUGAUUUGUGCCAUUUUCAUGCUCUUCGCCUGGUGCUUCGUCUCAAUAACCUAAUGGAUUUAUUAUGCACUUUUUUACCUGUUAAUUUGUUCUUUCCUUUCAAAUGCUGGAAGACCACAAAAUUGAAAUUUAAGUGAGUCCAGACCGAUGCAGCAUGACCAGCUUGUAAAACAGAUCAAUAAAUUUGUACAAGAACCUAAUAAAUGGAAAUGUUUCAAUUAAA